AUGGCUGUAGAGGGGAGAGCAUCACUAGAGUAUGAUCAACCCGGAAAAAAUCUUCUUCCUGUGGCUUCUCAAACUUGUCCAUGGCUUUUGAUAUCUCAUGAUAACAGCUAUUAUACGAGAUCAAUUCCUUGGUUGCACAAUAAGAUUCCCUUGUGUGAGAGUUAUGGUUGGAUGGUGUGUCAAGACAUAGAAACAGGUGUUUGCAAUCCUAUUUCUGAGCAAGACAUGCAGCUUCCACCGCUCCAACUAGUGGAUAACAUAAGCAAGGUCAUUGUCUCCAGAGCCCCUGAUUGCCUCAUCUUCAUCAUUGGGGAAUCAAAAGAAGAGCUAGGAUAUCUCGCAUUUUGCAAGCUUGGCGAUAAGAAGUUUCAAGAAUCGAAAGUCUUACAGGGACGCAGUAUUCUUUCCGAAGUAGUGGCUGUUACUAGUAGGCUAAUGCAAUCCGGGACUCUAUCACAAAACAAGAGUUCCCCAUCCUAA